AUGAAUCUUCUCAAGGAGUAUCAAGAUAUAUUUGCAUGUACAUAUGAGGAAAUGCCCGGAUUAGAUGAAAGACUAGUCACUCAUCACCUACAUAUAAAAUCUGGAUCUAAACCGAUCAAGCAAUCUCCAAGGAAAUUCAUGCAUGACGUGGAGGAAAAGAUCAAAACUGAGAUUCAGAAGUUGUUGACUGCUGGCUUCAUCAAGCCCAUUCACCAUACUACCUGUUUAAAGAAUGCUGGUGCUACCUAUCAACGCACCAUGACUGUAAUUUUUCAUGAUAUGAUGCACAAGCAAGUCGAAGAUUACGUAUAUGACGUAGUGGUCAAGUCAAAGACUCGAGCAUCCCAUACAGACGUCCUACGACAAGUGUUUGAAAGGUAUCGCGAGUACAAAUUGAAGAUGAACCCUCUAAAAUGCGCUUUUGGAGUCUCUUCAGGAAAUGUUUUGGGAUUCCAAGUCACCUCUGAAGGAAUCAAGGUAGAUCCAACCAAAACCCAAGCUAUUAUCACGAUGCCCCCUCCACAAACUGUGAGAGAACUCCAGAGCUUCAUGGGCAAGUUGGUGUUAAUAUCCAGAGAUGAUCCUAUCGAGUUCUUACUCUCAAAACCAGCCUUGAUAGCCAGACCGACCAAAUGGCUUCUCCAAACAUCAGAGUUUGAUAUAACGUGCUCUCCUCCAAAAGCUAUCAAAGGAAAAAAGGUGGCAGACCUGCUAGCAGCAUUCCGAAGAGAAGGAACUACCGCACUGCAUGAAGACCUUCCUGGGGAAUUUCCAGAAAUUUCUUUUAUCAAAGAGGAGACGGGGAUAAUUUAUUUCGACGGCUCUGCCACUCCUAGUAAUAAUACUGGGGGAGCAGGUAUAGUUCUAGUGUCUCCAACAGGCGAAGUCUUCUUACAUUCCUUCAAGUUGGACUUUCAGUGCACCAACAAUUUGGCAGAAUACGAAGCUUUCCUUAUAGGAUUGUCACUAGCCAAACAAGCGGGAUCCACACACCUGGAAGUAAGAGGCGACUCUAAGUUGCUGGUCAAUCAGAUGAAUGAGGUCUACUCACUCAAGGAGGUAACGCUGGCCCCCUAUGUAUCCGAAGCGCAAAAGUUAUUGAACUACUUUGCUGAUGCGACCAUAACCCAAAUCGGCCGCAAUAGAAACAAACACGCCGAUUGCCUAGACACGUUGACCUCGAAGCUGCAAUUAGAAGGCUUGGAAGAGACUUUGAUCAUCAGGAGACGGAAUGUAGCGUCAACAUGGCUCACACAAUCUAAAGAUACUGAAACCGACGACUGGAGGACUCCAAUUGUUCAAGAUCUAAACAAUUCGCUCUCACAAGGAAAGGUCAGUCUCAAAACCCUGCAAAACUUUUUCAUGCUUCAUGGAGUUUUGUACUGCCGGAAUCCAGAUGGGUCUCUGUCAAGAUGUCUUGGAUACGAGGAAGCCCAACUACAACUUAACCAUAUUCACAACGAGAUUUGA